AUGGGUAUAGAGAAGCAAAUUGCUUCUUUGGAAACGUUUUUUCGGCACGUGAAUUAUCCAAUUCAACCGUUGCAUUAUGAAACCAAGGUGGUUUUGGACACAUUCUUUGAAAAGGGAGGGUUUCUAAAUUUAUGUGACUUGACAUUUGCAGGCUAUGGGAGCAGAGCACGAGGUACUGGAGCGAAUGAAUUAUCUUGGAUGGACAUCGGAAAUUCCAAACCAAACGGAAAAGUAGCUUUGGCACUUUUUAGGCUUUUGGCCCCGGGUGGGCAUUUGUGCAAUUUACUGGAAGCUGUAUCUCUCCCUCCAAAUAACUUCGCGGCAUGCUUGAAAAGCUCUUGGAAGGAGAAUCUUGGUGGAGAAUCGGAUGUCAAAUUUCCCUUUUAUUACUUUGAUAUGCCCAUGUCAGCGUUAUAUGCGUCGUCGUAUGAAUUAUUAGCGGAACCGGCUGAUACAAAUUGGUAUACUCUGCCUCGAUCUCGUUGCCCGCCCAUGUUUCUUAUUCCAUUUUGGAAUCCACCUCUAGUAACUCGUUUUGAGUCUGACCAUGGACAAGUAUUGACUUCACUUCCAUGUUCUCCACUUGCUUACUUCAUUUUAAGAAUGAUCUUUUACCUAAUACGCAAAGCCGAACAAAGUGGCGUUGAAAUGGUUUGUCUUCUACCUUUAGAUACGGCAAGCAAGAGGGUUGGCGCAUGGUUUACCACAUUAAUGAAUUAUUUUCGCGAUUCUCCCUGUACAGAACUUCCAUUAUAUCAUCGACUAUUGACGGCGUAUAUUCAGUAUUUUGUGUCCAUUUCGUUUAUUGAGCGCGUUAGUUCAAAACGUGCAUUGGAGGAUGUUCAGUGGUCAACAUCGGAUGUGGUGGCUGCAUUGCUUCUUUCUGCCCCAACUUUUCUAUGUAUGAGAGGUCUUCGUCAGCCGGAACUUGAGAUUUAUAGAACACCCUGUAGAGAGGUUGUUUCCGGAGCACUUGUAUUUAAAAUAAUUCCGUUUUUGACUGAGUGUGUUCUUGCGCUUAAACAAAAUGACACCGAAAAGUCUUUUGCAACGACAUCAAAUUAUUUUGUUAUGCCUCAGAAAGAAAUUUGUGUGGAUGCUUUAGUUCCGUCGUCCCGGGAUGUGCUUUUUUCCAACAUUUCCUUUUACCGAAACACAUUGAUUGCUCUUCGUCAAUCUUUGAUUUCUCUGUUCAAUUUUAGGGAAUGUAGAAGGGAACAUUUUAAUAAUUCACUUGAACUUUGGUAUUUGUUGCUUAAACCAAAUGAAAGUAAAGAGGUGCGGGAAAGCUAUGUUGUUCAUCAUUUUGAAAUUUAUAGCUUUUUUCUUAUUGAUGUUUUUUCCAUGCUGUUGAAAAGUAAUUUCUUGACCUCUAUUGAUUUUGCAGGAGCCUCCAUGCUUUUGCGAUGCUUUGAGGUUUUUUCUAUGCAUUCGGUAAGAAAUGUAUUUCGCGAAGUGAACAACACUGAUGCCUCCUCGCGAUUGAAUAUUAUAGAAACGAUAACUCAAUACUUUACUUUGAAUUGGUCAGAUGAAGAUGGAGCGGUGCAUGUUAUCAACGUUUUUGGGACAGAAAUUCUUGAUUUAGCGGCGGAGGUGUGUCUAGCGGUUGAAGAACGGGUAGACAAGGGUGAUUUGGACCCUUUGGUGACAGUUCCAUUGAAACAUUCUCGUGAUUUCCUUUUGAAUGCGUUUGAAGGCUUGCAUUCCGUGGUGGAGAAAUCUCGAGAGGUGCGCGCGUCUUGCCGUAAGUCAAAUGGAUACGUUCGUGCUUCAUCGGUAUCUAAUGAGAUAAAGGCACGAUCAAAUAAAAGUGAGGAAAAAGAACUGUUCUUUAAGGGGAUUCGGCGUUCUUGCGGGUUUUCUGGGCCGUUGAAUCUACGUUUUUCCACUGAAAAUGAUCCUCUUCCAGGCACACAGCAUCUUAAUACAGAGACGAGUAUGGGCAAUGAAUUUCCAUUUCUAGUUAAUGCAACGAAAUUUUUGGACUUUGUUCUUGAGAAACUUCUUGAAAGUUAUUAUUCUGCAUGGAUACCCACUUGUAGUAGAGGACAUAAAAUGUGGUUGCUUUCUUCGAGUAAGUUUACCUGCAUAAAUCAUCCUGAAGAGUCCGCUGUGUGGGAAUGUGUUUUCUGUGAAGAGGUUUAUGGUGUUUGCUGUCGUUCCAAUCCUUAUGGUCGGGACGGCAAAAAACUUGUUAGGACGGAAAAUUCUCAGUCUGAUUUGACUUGCUACUGUUCAGAGUGUUAUUCGUACAUUCCGGCAAAUGCUGUUUUUUAUACUUCGUCAACAUCAAGAACAACUUUGUGUCCGGGUUGUGCGUCACGCCCCUUUAAGAGAAGAUCUUUUCGCCCUUUGGCAGCGUAUAUGACGUGGACAAUACUGCUAUUUGUUUUCAUUUUGUUCACGUUUUUCUAUAACAUCUGA